AUGGAUCACCGACCUCAAGCUUGGGGAAGACCCAGAGAUGAUGUCUACGGCGCCUAUGAUGGCUCCUAUAUGCAGCAGGCCCACGGGCCUAACCAGCACACCCAGUCCCCCAUUGUCACAGGCACAUCUGUAAUAGCCGUCAAGUUCAGCGAAGGAAUCGUCAUCGCCGCCGACAACCUAGCGUCAUACGGCUCCCUCGCCCGCUUCACCAACGUCAAGCGUCUCCUCCCCUUCGCCGGCUCCUCCAUCGUCGGCUUCGGCGGCGACAUCUCCGACAUGCAAUACCUCACCCGCCACCUCAACGACCUCGAGAUCGAGGAGUCCUACUCCACCCCGUCCACAGCCGCCUCCGCCGCGCCUCGCCUCACCGCCGCCAAUCUCCACCGCUACCUCGCCAAGCUCUUCUACGCCCGCCGCAACAAGUUCGAUCCACUCUGGAACCACGUCCUCGUCGGCGGCCUUGACGAGGAGGGUAGCCCUUUCCUCGCGUCCGCUGACCUUCGCGGUACUACUUACUCGGCGCCUUCGCUUGCCACGGGCUUCGGCUCGGCCAUCGCCAUUCCUAUCCUGAGAAAGGUUGUCCCUGAUGAGGAGGCUGCUAAGAAGCUUUCCAAGGAGGACGCUGUUGCUGCCAUCAAGGAGUGCAUGAAGGUGCUUUACUACCGCGACGCAAGGAGCUUGGACACCUACUCCAUCGCCGUCGUUACGAAGGACGGCAUCGACCUCAAGGAGGACGAGAAACUCGAGCAACAAAGCUGGGCGUUUGCUGACCGCAUCAAGGGUUACGGCACCCAAACUGUCUAA